CAUCUGAAAAAUUAUUACUUUUCGCGCAGAAAUCAGCGCACUCUGGUGACGAAUAACGCAUUCGUCACAUGAGCAGCACGCACUGCUAUAACAGGGAGGAGCUACCAUACUAGUCGCGCACCACCACCAACCAGUCACGUUGCGACCAUCGUCGUCGACAGUAGGUCAAGCAGAAUCGCAGAUGGCCGAUGAAAGCGUCGCCGCCGCCGGCGGCCGGGCGAGUGAUCGAUGUAGCUUGACAGUAAGAGAGGAGCAACGAUCACGAUAUUAUGCGCUUGUGAGAAAGUCCAUUGGGCUCGCGUCCUCGUACCUGAUUUCAUCGUACCGCAAAACAAUAGCUUGAAAAAGAAUCUUUAGUGUUGAUCCAAAACUGCGAUGAAUUCCAUUUUCAGCGGGUCUGAUAAUCAGUCGGAUUUAAUAUUAUUCGAUGCAUCGAAGAACGAAAGGAGGCUCAACGGAGAAUUCAAGAUACUGCAGAGGAAAUUGAGACCAAAGUGGAAAUUCGCUGAGAAUAACGAUGUCUUAACACCUGAAACAUUGACCAGUGCCAAAGUCUUGGUAUUGGCCGGACCACGCAGCAAAUUUACAGAGAUCGAAAUGAAUUCGAUAAGGAAUUUCAUCGGUGAGGGUGGAAACGUUCUGGUAAUGCUUGGCGAAGGGGGUGAACCCAAUUUCGACACGAAUAUAAAUUUUUUACUCGAAGAAUACGGUAUAAUGGUAAACAAUGACAGCGUUGUCCGGAUGAACUACGAUCAGAUUUAUCAUCCUAAAGAAUGUCUCAUAAGUAAGGGUUUGGUGGAAAAAUGGUCGGAACUGUUGAACAGUAAUAAACAUAAUCGAUCAUCGGUAUCAGAGGCAGCCGCGUUGGCAGCGGAGCCGAUCAACUUUUUGUACCCAUACGGUGCAACUCUGAAUGUUGUUAAACCUGCGGGGGUGGUCGUAUCAACUGGAAAACUGGCCAUUCCUACCAACCGACCGAUUUGCGGUUACUAUUCCGGAGCCAAUAUUACUGGCUCCGGUAAAUUGCUUGUAUUGGGCUCUUCGAGAAUUCUUAGCGAUACUUAUAUCGAGAAAGAACAGAAUGACAAAUUGCGCGAAAUGAUUUUCGAUUACUUCUACGCGGAAAACAGAAUUAUAAAUUAUCACAACACGGACGAAGCGGAUAAGUAUUCCGAGUACAACUUCGUACUCGACAUAACGCAACAAGCCGACAUGCCGAAAGUAUGCACUCAAGAUCUCGACAACAUCGAUGUACCCCGGGAAUAUACAAAACUCUUCAAACAUCAUUUCUAUUCGAUAAAUCUCUCAAUGAUACCAAAAUGCGUGAAGGCGUACGAGGUCCUCGGUGUCAAACACGAUCCGCUCACUCUUAUACCACCGCAUUUCGAAACCCCACUUCCAUCCACUCAGGCAUCGGUAUUUCCACCGAGCUUCCAAGAACUCGCGCCACCGGCACUCGAACUUUUCGAUCUCGAUGAGGCUUUUAGUUCCGAUCUGGUAAAACUUGAUCAACUUACCAACAAAUACAUAAUCUCCAACGAAUGCAACAUCGAAACCGAGAUUGACUAUUACGUGAGAGAAUUUGGUGAAAUUAUAAGAUAUAACGGUUCAGUCACAACUGAGGAAAUGAGUAAUUCUCGACGAAUCCUUAAGCACGUGUUUGAAAAGUUGACCGGCUAUAAGGCUAUUCACGGUUGACGAGGCCACCAUUUUUGUGAAUAAAUGCCAUUUCAUCGGACAAACAUUAUUUUUAUAGAAAACAAAAAGGAGACUAAUGCGAUUAUUAUCGUACACAUGAAAAAAUAAGGUGCCAUCUGUAAUUUAAAAAAAAAAAAAAAAACUUUCGACAAAUUGUUCUAGUAGUAUUGCUGCGAUAUGUGUUACGACAUGGAAUAAUGAAAAAGCCCCUGCAAUGGAAAAUAUUCAAUAGUCGCGUUUCUCAAUUUGGAAAAACGUCUGGCCCAAAAAGUGAUCGAACAGAAAAACUUGUUUUCAUACCAUUCGCAUGAUUCCGAAGGACAUUUUAAAUGACUUGAUUCUAUCCGAUAGGUCGUAAGCCUUUUUAGAGUUGUCUUUGAAUUCGAAACAAUUCUGUGAAUUUUUCCACUUGCUCAUCAACAAUUAUAAGACGCAUGGCAGAGAA